GAGCAUCGCGCAAAGCGCCACGUUGUCCUUCGCAGCCCCGGAAAAGCGAGGAAGAGCUGGGAAAAGCGGAAAAGCCAGGCGUCGUGUUGAGCGGGCGUCGAAAAGUAGGCAACACUUGCUCCUGCUGCCUGGCCACGAAAAUGCUGAAUGUUUGCCCGGGAAACCAUUGAAAUCAUCGCACAAAGCACAUCGUCGUUUAUCCUCCCCCAAAAACUAUAGAGCUCUGCAAUAUGGCUGGGGUGGGUGGUAUUGUUUAUUGUUGGCCUUUGUUCGGGCUCGCCAUUAUUCUUCUGGCUGUGCUGGCGCCGCCGAUUGACGCCGCCCAGAGGCACACUGCCUCGGAUAAUCCCUCGACGUACAAUAUUGGCGGCGUACUGAGCAAUUCCGACAGCGAGGAGCACUUCAGCACUACAAUAAAGCACCUCAACUUCGAUCAGCAAUAUGUGCCCCGCAAGGUCACCUACUACGACAAGACCAUACGCAUGGACAAGAACCCCAUCAAGACGGUCUUUAAUGUAUGCGACAAGCUCAUCGAGAACCGGGUGUACGCCGUAGUCGUUUCGCAUGAGCAAACCUCAGGUGAUUUGUCGCCGGCGGCCGUGAGUUAUACAAGCGGGUUCUAUUCAAUUCCUGUCAUUGGCAUAUCCUCGCGGGAUGCGGCCUUCUCCGACAAGAACAUCCACGUCUCCUUCCUGAGGACGGUGCCCCCGUACUACCACCAAGCGGAUGUCUGGCUGGAGAUGCUCAGCCACUUCGCCUACACGAAGGUAAUCAUCAUCCACAGCUCCGACACGGAUGGCAGGGCCAUCCUGGGCCGCUUCCAGACCACAUCCCAGACCUACUACGACGACGUGGAUGUGCGCGCCACAGUGGAGCUGAUUGUCGAAUUCGAGCCCAAGCUGGAGAGCUUCACUGAGCACCUCAUAGACAUGAAGACAGCCCAGUCCAGGGUCUACCUGAUGUACGCCAGCACGGAGGACGCCCAAGUUAUCUUCCGCGAUGCCGGGGAGUACAACAUGACCGGGGAGGGUCACGUGUGGAUUGUGACGGAGCAGGCGCUGUUCUCCAACAAUACUCCGGACGGAGUGCUGGGCCUCCAGCUGGAGCACGCCCACAGCGACAAGGGGCACAUUAGGGACAGCGUUUAUGUUUUGGCGUCCGCCAUCAAGGAGAUGAUUUCCAACGAGACCAUUGCCGAGGCUCCAAAGGAUUGCGGUGACUCGGCUGUUAACUGGGAAUCGGGCAAGCGGCUGUUCCAGUACCUCAAAAGCCGAAAUAUCACGGGCGAAACAGGACAGGUGGCCUUCGAUGAUAAUGGAGAUCGAAUCUACGCCGGCUACGAUGUGAUCAACAUUCGGGAGCAGCAGAAGAAGCAUGUCGUUGGGAAGUUCAGUUACGACAGCAUGCGGGCCAAAAUGAGGAUGAGGAUCAACGACAGCGAGAUCAUUUGGCCGGGAAAGCAGCGUCGGAAGCCAGAGGGCAUCAUGAUACCCACCCACCUGAAGCUGCUGACCAUCGAGGAGAAGCCCUUCGUCUACGUCCGGCGCAUGGGCGACGACGAGUUCCGCUGCGAACCAGACGAGCGUCCCUGUCCACUUUUCAACAACUCGGAUGCCACUGCCAACGAGUUCUGCUGCCGCGGCUACUGCAUCGACCUGCUGAUCGAGCUGUCCAAGCGGAUCAACUUCACCUACGACCUGGCCCUGUCCCCCGACGGCCAGUUCGGGCACUACAUCCUGCGGAACAGCUCGGGGGCCAUGACGCUGCGCAAGGAGUGGACGGGCCUCAUCGGGGAGCUGGUCAACGAACGUGCCGACAUGAUCGUGGCACCACUAACCAUCAAUCCGGAGCGUGCCGAGUACAUAGAAUUCUCAAAACCAUUCAAAUACCAAGGCAUUACAAUACUCGAGAAGAAACCGUCACGAUCGAGUACUCUCGUGUCUUUCUUGCAGCCGUUUAGUAACACGCUAUGGAUCUUGGUAAUGGUGUCGGUCCAUGUUGUGGCGCUCGUGCUGUACCUGCUGGACAGAUUCUCGCCGUUCGGACGCUUCAAGCUCUCGCACUCGGACAGCAACGAGGAGAAGGCCCUGAACCUCAGCUCCGCGGUGUGGUUCGCCUGGGGAGUCCUGCUGAACAGCGGGAUCGGCGAGGGCACGCCACGCAGCUUCUCCGCCCGGGUGCUGGGCAUGGUCUGGGCAGGAUUCGCGAUGAUCAUUGUUGCCUCGUACACCGCCAACCUGGCCGCCUUCCUCGUGCUGGAGCGGCCCAAGACGAAGCUGAGCGGCAUCAACGAUGCCCGGCUGCGGAACACCAUGGAGAACCUGACCUGCGCCACCGUCAAGGGCUCCUCCGUGGACAUGUACUUCCGCCGCCAGGUGGAGCUGUCCAACAUGUACCGCACCAUGGAGGCCAACAACUACGCCACCGCCGAGCAGGCCAUCCAGGAUGUGAAGAAGGGCAAGCUCAUGGCCUUUAUCUGGGACUCCUCUCGCCUGGAGUAUGAGGCAUCCAAGGAUUGUGAACUGGUCACUGCCGGAGAGCUGUUCGGACGGAGUGGUUACGGAAUUGGACUGCAGAAGGGCUCGCCCUGGACGGAUGCAGUCACGCUGGCCAUCUUGGAGUUCCACGAAAGCGGGUUCAUGGAGAAACUGGACAAACAGUGGAUCUUCCACGGUCAUGUCCAGCAGAAUUGCGAGCUCUUCGAGAAGACGCCCAAUACUCUGGGACUGAAGAACAUGGCGGGGGUGUUCAUACUGGUGGGUGUGGGCAUUGCCGGCGGCGUGGGUCUGAUCAUCAUCGAGGUCAUCUACAAGAAGCACCAGGUGAAGAAGCAGAAGCGCCUGGACAUUGCCCGACAUGCGGCGGACAAAUGGAGAGGCACUAUAGAGAAACGAAAGACUAUCCGUGCCUCCCUGGCGAUGCAGCGCCAGUACAACGUGGGCCUGAACUCGACGCACGCACCGGGCACCAUCAGUCUGGCAGUGGACAAGCGCCGGUAUCCUCGCCUGGGUCAGCGACUGGGACCGGAACGAGCCUGGCCAGGCGACGCCGCCGACGUGCUCCGCAUCCGGCGGCCCUACGAACUGGGCAAGCCUGGCCAGAGUCCGAAGGUGAUGGCCGCCAACCAGCCGGGAAUGCCCAUGCCCAUGCUGGGCAAGACACGGCCCCAGCAAAGCGUCCUGCCACCUCGAUAUUCGCCCGGAUACACCAGCGAUGUGUCGCAUCUGGUCGUUUAAGUUAACAUUUUGCCAAAGCAGUUAGAGUAUAGGAGAAAGUAUUGUCAUUGCUCAACACAUAGCGGUUUGCUAGCCAGGAAGAAUUUGAUUGUUAUCGCUGGAGGAUGGGCCAGGACCGAAAGGAGUAUUCAUAUCAUUCGAUUCGACAUUCACGUACCUUUCCAUUACCAGACCGGUGGUCCUGUGCCCUCAAUAGUCUGUUAUAUCAGAGUCUAGGUGUAUUUGCGAAACUAUUGGAUAGCCUAUUAAGUUUUUGUAGUUUUCGAUGAAUUUUUUACAGGUGCUGGAGGUAGAUUCACUUUAAUCUGAUUUAUCGCUUUCAAUGUGCUUUCCCCUAACUACUAUAUCUCCGCCUUUGCUUUUUACUGCUUUUUAAUAGAACUUGUAAGCAAAUAAUACAAACGUAAAUCAAUCGUUACAUGACCAGAAACAUUUCUAGCAGCGAUUCCUCACUUUGAACCGAAUCACAUAGUUCACCACAAAAACCCACCCAUCGUUACAAGCUGUAUACUAACUAUUCUCAUCUAAACUAAUCUUAAACCCGAUUUUGGAUCUGGCCAUAAGUUUGCCUCAACUGAAAGCUCCGAUUGCCGUACAACUUAUACAACUUAUAUUUUCUCUUGAACAGAAAGCUUAAAGAAGAUACAUUUGAUCAAUUGCAAUAGUGGACCCAUAUAACUAAGAGAGGGCAAACCCAAGAACAGCAAUUAAUUAAACAAAAAUUAACUAAACUCAAAGAAGCUUAAAUGAAAUUUUUAAAACAAAAUAUAUAUAUAUACAAAUAUGUAUACAUAUUCUAUUGAUAAGAUUCAGUGUGAAAGUUAACAGCAUAAAUGUGAAGCAUAAAAAACAGGAUUCAAGAACAAACAGUAUUUAGUAGUGGAAUUUGAAUUUUAAAUGUUUUUCAUGUGUAAACCGUUUAUGCAACUAAAAUAAAUAUUUAAAACAAA